AUUUGUCGUCAAGCAGUAUCCUUAUAAAAGCGGUGUAGAGAAGGCUGAACUCACACUCACGGUUCAAAAUCAAAGUUGUUCUUCGUAUCUACGUCGCGAUGAAAGCUCUGCUUUUACUUUUUCUUUCAAGCUGUUUGGUGGCAUCCAUGCUUUCAGACUCAGCAUCUGGCAAUCGGGGUCAAUCAUCGGGAGGUAAUGGGAAUCGCCCAGGUAUGAAGAAAAAGAAACCCCUAGACUCAGACUCAGCUGGCAAUCGGGAUCAAUCAUUGGAAGGUCGAUCCCAUGAUUAUGGAUGUGAAAACAGCUCGCCCGUUAAGAUCGGAUGCUUCAAGAGCAUAUAUGGAUGGGGAAAACAGCUGAUGCCUGAACUUCUCAUCACUGACCGGGACAACACGAGCAACGUCUUCUCUGGCGAGGAAAUCGACUGGAAAAAAUGGAGGGCCUAUAGAAACGAAUUUCUUUGCCGAUGUUCCGAUGCAGCCAAGAAGAAAGGAUACAAGAAGAUCGGUCUGCAGUUUUACGGAGAGUGCUGGAGCGGACCUAACGCCGAUCAAGAUUUUGACCGGUUGGGCCCAUCCAUUAACUGCACUCAGAAUCCGAAAACAGAAAAGAGAUGCAGAAAAUCUAACAACAGGGCGGCGUGUGUCGGAAAAGGAUUUGCUUUCUAUGUGUACGAAAUCUGAAAUGACUAAACGGGUUUCUACAGCAAAAGUGAUCGAUCGGAUUUUAGAAGUUACUUUAAAGGGAUGUUUAGAGAAAAAAAUCUUUUAAAAAUACAAGGAGAGAAGAUAUAAUUCCUCUAACAAUAAAAGAAGUUAUAACGAAUGUAUUCUUUAAUGAUUGUAGUAGAGAUAAAUGGUGAAAUAAAGGCCCCGAAAUGACA